GCUUUCUGCCUGGCUUUGACAGAGAAUAGAGAGCUCUGGGCUGACCAUUCCCACCCUCCAGGACAGGCUCUAGGUAGGGUGUGGAGCUUCUAUUAUUGCUUGAAUGAUUUCUCCCUUGUCAAUCUCUUGGUCUCCCUAAAAUGAAUAUAUAUGAAUACAUCAUACAUAUGGAGAGAGAAGUAAAUUGAUAAAGUGGUUGGUGUAAAGAUUUCAAUUUAAUAUAUUGUUUUUUCCACUUUAGUGCUUACAAAAGCUAGAAAUAUAGUGUUUUUCAUCUCUGAACUGAAUAAUCAAAUUCAUUUAUUUGCUGGGACAAUUACUAGAUGGAGAAUCCAGGUCAAAGCCUAACAAUAACAGUAGUAAACUGCCAGUAGCUCCAAUACUGUGUAGGACAUGGAGGAAUGAAAGAGAAAUUAUAAAUGUAAACAUUUAUCAACAUCUGCAAACUGGUUACUUUAAAUAAUUUGCUUGAAAUUACUGUUAUUUGAUGAUUUUAAGAUACAAUAACCCAAACAUGAUUUUCUUGAAACACGGCUUUUAAAGAAAAAUAUCUCUUUUUAUUUGUUUAGUUUUUGACUCUUGAGUAUUUCAUUUUUGCUUAUUGGAUUCUUUCCCUGAAGAAAUCUGUGGGACAUAUGAAAAUGUAUCCUCUUCUGAAUGACCCUUUAUAUGUAAAGAAAAACCUUUCCCUCUUUGGAUUGAUUAAAGUACAGGCACAAGGUUUCCUGGAAGCCUUUAAGAGUGCCAUGGGCUCUGUGAAGGCUGCUGCCGCUGCUGCCGCUAGCCAAAUCUUUUUCAGUUUUUUUAUUUGGGGGGAAGGGAGGCCAGGAAAAAAAUCAGAACGAUAGAAAGAGAUCAAGGAAGUCAUUACCAGAUUCCUAGGGGAGCACUGGAUUGCCACCCCACUCCCCAAGUCCUGAACCCCAUCAUCCUGUAUUGGCCAGGGUUUUCUAGAUCUUAAAAGUAGCCUCCUGAAAUCCAACCAAAUAAUGUCGUUUCUUCAAUCUCCACAGAAUUGAGGACUUUUAAAGCUAAUUCAAGGAAUUUUACAAGCCCAACAAACAGUCAUAAAAAUGCCAUUAGACUGAUACCACAUUUUACAAAAUGAGAUUGAUAUGUAUGCUGUAAAAGUGAGCUGUCUUGAAGGCACACCUCUCAGAAAAGAGAGAGCAACCCAGGACAGGCUUUUCCUGUCCUGUCUGGGAACUGCCAGGCCUGAGACCUUGGUAAAAGCAAUUCAGGAUUUCUGGAGCCUGUGAGAAAACUAUUCCCAUUCCCAGUCUGGAGCUACUGCCAGUGGCAGCCUCCGGAGUAGUCUUAGGAAGGGCAAGAAAGAGGACACGCCCCAUGACAGUGCCAGCCGGGGGCGCCCCGGAAACCAAGCCCAUUCAGUAUUGUGCAUCCUUGGGCCCCAUGGAGCUGUUCUCUGUGCCCUGCUCCACCAGGGCCCUACAUCUUCAGUACAUCUUCAGUGCCUCUGGGAUGAGGAGAGCGAGUUUGCAUCUGGAUUUUUCUGUCUCAGCUUCUAAGCAGUUCAGGUGGCUGCGGAGAGUUCCAGGGUGCUAGUCGAGGGUGGCAGUAUGAGCCCAGUCUCAGCCUUUCUUCUGUAGGUCCUUUCCUGUGGAAACCUGUGGGUUCUGGCCUCUCUGUUCCCUGGGUUCAAAGACUGGGUACGAAGCUGGUGAGGAUGCUUGCUUAGAGACCAAGUAGGCAUGGGCCUUCACAGGGGAGCCCAUCUGUCCCCCCAAAAGAGGUUGUUGCAUGUGGGAGGCAGCGGCAGCAGGAGGAGCCUGUUUGGCCUUGUCCUGGUCAGUGUGGGUGAGCCUUUGGCUCUUUCUGCGAGGCCCAGACCUCUGGUAGAAAUGAGGAGGGAAUAAGGGGGUGCACCAUUUCCAAGCCGGCCAAUGAAAAACAGAGAGUGAAGCCCUGGCUCCUCAGACCUCCUACUCCAGCUCAAGACCCCACACCCUCCAUUAGGGGGGCACAAGGGGAGGGGCAAUUCAGGCCAGGCCUGGAGUGUAGGCCAGCAGGGACCAAAGCCACUGUGGUCGCCACUCCUCUUGGCGGCAGGAUGGUCAAGUUUCCUGUUUAGAGGAGAAAAACCCAGCAAAAUUCUACAAGGAAAAAAAAAAAGGAUGGGGAGGGAGUAGCAGGAAAGAGCAAGCCUGACAGGCCUUUGAGGCGGCCUGGGCGAUAGUGCUCCUAUCCGGGUCUGAUCUGCACGUCCCUGCCCAGGCCGGGCCGGCCGCUGGCGUUUGGGGAAAGAGCCGCGGGCUGGCUGUGCGCGCACAUUAAUCUGCUGGGCGGGAGGCGGGCGGCUGGCGGGCGGGCUGGGGGCUGUUUGUAACUUUGCUGCCUCGGUCGCCGCGGUCCCCGGGGAGCGGGCUCCGGCGCUCGCUCCCAUUGGCCGCCGCCGCGUCAGCUGGUGCGAUUUGCUGCUGUCGCUUUUGGCGUUCGGCCAUCCAGAAACAAACCAGUUCGAUGACUACUAAUAGUUAUAGCCAGAUGUACUAAUACACAACAAAUCACAGUCCUGCGGAGGGGCGCGCAAAUGAGUUCCUAUUUUGUGAAUCCCACUUUCCCCGGGAGCCUGCCCAGCGGCCAGGACUCCUUCUUGGGCCAGCUGCCCCUCUACCCGGCUGGCUAUGACGCGCUGAGGCCCUUCCCGGCCUCAUAUGGGGCGUCGAGUCUCCCGGACAAGACGUACACCUCACCUUGUUUCUACCAACAGUCCAACUCGGUCCUGGCCUGCAACCGGGCGUCCUACGAGUACGGGGCCUCAUGUUUCUAUUCUGAUAAGGACCUCAGUGGCGCCUCGCCCUCGGGCAGUGGCAAGCAGAGGGGCCCCGGGGACUAUCUGCACUUUUCUCCCGAGCAGCAGUACAAACCCGACAGCAGCACCGUACAGGGCAAAGCCCUCCAUGACGAAGGCACCGACCGGAAGUACACGAGCCCUGUUUACCCCUGGAUGCAGCGGAUGAACUCCUGCGCGGGUGCUGUGUACGGAAGCCACGGGCGCCGAGGCCGCCAGACCUACACGCGCUACCAGACCCUGGAGCUGGAAAAGGAGUUCCACUUCAACCGCUACCUGACACGGCGCCGCCGCAUCGAGAUCGCCAAUGCGCUCUGCCUCACCGAGCGCCAGAUCAAGAUCUGGUUCCAGAACCGCCGCAUGAAGUGGAAAAAGGAAAAUAAACUCAUCAAUUCCACACAGCCCAGCGGGGAGGACUCUGAGGCAAAAGCGAGCGAGUAAAUGCCCGCGGAGGGACCAGGCCAGCGCU